AUGGUAGAAACUAAAGCACCCUUAGGAAAUAGGGUACAACAAUUAGUGUUGCGUCUGCACUCACAAUGCAUAGGUCUUCAGUUGAAAGAAGUAACCUUAAGAUCAUAUAUUACACUCCUUCUACGACAUCUUUUGGUUCUAGUUAAAUCCUCUUCAGUUCCUCAAAGAAGGAAAAGAAGAGCCCAGAUUCUGCUCAGUUCCAUUAUCCUGUCAUCGCUGACUGUUUUAUCUGGUGUGUCAUAUGGUGGGUACCAAAUAAUUAUCAAAGUGCUUUCCAUGUAUAGGUAUUCCCAUGAUAGAAGGAAAAUACCACCUUUGAGGAGAACAAGGUCACAAACUCAACUGGCGACAGGGGCAAGGAUCAUGUAUAUUUCUGAAAAGAGCUCUUUAGAUUCUAAUGAAUUGGAUAAAGAUCAUAGAAGAAAGAAGAUAUUGAUACCUCCCAAAGAUGAUGAUGUUUACGAACAUGAUAAAUUUCUAUUUAAAAAUGUCGAAUUGGAAAGGGGUAAAAAUUCCCAGUUGUUUUAUUCCAAAUUUUUAAAUCAAAUGAAUGUCUUAUUUAGAAUAUUGAUUCCAACCCUUUGGCAUAAGAAUUCCAUUUUGUUAACUUUACAGAUUGGAUUUCUAGUUAUGAGAACUUGGCUCUCCUUGUUCGUGGCAAAAUUAGAUGGUCAGAUUGUUAAAGAUAUUAUUGCUGGAAGAGGUAAGAGAUUUCUGUUAGAUUUAGCUAUUUGGUUUCUAAUUGCUAUUCCAGCUUCAUAUACAAACAGUGCCAUAAAAUUGCUACAAAGAAAGCUAAGUUUGAAUUUUAGAGUAAACUUAACGAGAUAUAUUCAUGAUAUAUAUCUGGACAAAAAGCUGUCAUUUUACAAAUUAAUGUUUGAUACUAAGGCUUCAUCGUCAGUCAUAAAAAAUAUUGACAACUCCAUUUCCAACGAUAUUACCAGAUUUUGUGAUGCUACUUGCUCUGUGUUUGCUAAUAUUGCUAAACCUGUCAUUGAUUUGAUCUUCUUUUCUGUUUACUUGCGUGAUAAUUUAGGAUCAUUUGGUGUAGCUGGUAUAUUCUUUAAUUAUUUUGUCACAGGUUAUAUCUUGAGACGAUACACUCCUCCUUUAGGUAAAUUAGCAAGUGCAAGCUCCGCUGCUGAUGGAGAUUAUUACAGUUAUCAUUUGAAUUUAAUUAAUAACAAUGAGGAAGUAGCUUUCUAUCAAGGAACACCAGUGGAAAGAAUUAAAGUGAAAGAAUUGUACGAAACCUUAAUGGAAAGAAUGUUGAAUGUCAGCAAGAGGAAAUUUUGUUACAACAUCCUUCAAGAUUAUAUUUUAAAGUAUACUUGGUCUGGUUUAGGUUAUGUGUUUGCAUCGAUCCCCAUAGUCUUGACUACUAUUUCUUCUGGUGUUAAUGCAGAACAAACAAACAUGAGAGAUUUUAUUGUUAAUAAACGUUUAAUGCUUUCUCUUGCUGAUGCAGGUUCAAGAUUAAUGCAUUCAAUUAAGGAUAUUUCACAACUUACGGGAUAUACAAACAGAAUAUUUUCAUUAUUAGCAGCUUUACACAGAGUGCAUUCCAACAAAUUCAAUUAUGGGGCAGUGGCAUCAGUGUCAAAUAAGCAACUUAUUACCAACGAACUUGCUGUAAAGAAGACAGACGAUACAUUGAAAAUUGGCAAGUAUCAAUCCCAAAAAGAAGAUAUAAUUAGGGGCACAGUACAAAGAAAUUUCAAUGGUAUAAGAUUAGAAAAUAUUGAUGUAAUCAUACCCUCAAAUCAAGCAGGCGAUGGUAUCAAAUUAAUUAGGAAGCUUACUUUCCAAAUUCCUACGUUUGUAGAUCCUAUUUCUUCAAAGGCAGAAUCUAUGUUGGAUAUAAAGGAGAUGAAUGAUACGACAUUCCCAUUUUUUCAAGGCCCUGGUUCAAGUUUGUUAAUAUUAGGUCCAAAUAGCUGUGGUAAAACUUCAAUUCAAAGGAUAAUUGCUGAGAUUUGGCCAAUUUAUAAUAAGAAUGGUCUCUUAUCCAUUCCUGCUGAAGAUAAUCUAUUCUGUGUUCCACAGAAACCGUACUUUACUAGGGGAGGAACAUUGAGGGACCAGAUUAUAUACCCAAUGUCAUCCGAUGAAUUCUAUGAUAGGGGCAUUAAAGAUGCUCAAUUAGUUCAAAUUAUGGCAGAAGUUCAUUUGGAUUAUCUUUUGAAAAGAGGUACAGGAUUUUCAUAUUUAGAUAAUGUAGCUGACUGGAAGGAUGUACUGAGUGGUGGUGAAAAGCAAAGAAUGAAUUUUGCACGUAUCCUCUUUCAUAAACCUAGAUUUGUUGUUUUGGAUGAAGCUACAAAUGCAAUAAGCGCCGAUAUGGAGGAUCAUUUAUUCAAUAUAUUGAAGAAGUAUCGCUUCAAUUUCAUAACUAUUUCACAAAGACCUGCUCUGAUUGAGUAUCACGAUCUAUUACUGGAAAUCUUGGAAGAAGGUGGUUCCUGGAGGCUACAAACAUUGGGGACUGACGAAGCCAUCACAUCGAUUGAUAAUGAGAUUGAUUCAUUGGAAAAGAAGCUAGCAAACGUAUCUCAAUGGGAACUCGAAAGGGAGAAAUUGAAGACCGUGCUUUCAGUGGUUUAG